AUGAUGGAUAAGCUUCGAUGGGAUGGAAGAUUUGCGAAUCAUAGCAUGACACCAAGAAAGAUGGCUAAAAGGACAUGGUUUACAAACAUCAAAGUGGAUAAAGAGAUGACAAUUAACUACAUCAGAUCCUUGAGAAGCAUUGCCACACCUCAGCAGGUAGUUGGGGUGAUAGGCCGGAGAACAUUUUCUGCUGGUAAAGCAAAGAAGGGAUCUAAAGGUGGUGGGGCGACUGAUGCUCCGAAGGCAUCUACACUCAGCAAAGAAGUCAAGUCCACUACAGUUGUUGGUGCUAAUAUCCUCAAAGAUGGAACGGACCCUAAAAUCUUGGCAGACUCUGAAUACCCAGAUUGGCUGUGGCACCUGCUUGAUAAACGCCCAGCAUUGAGUGAAUUAAGAAGGAAGAAUACAGAAACUCUCCCUUAUGAGGACCUCAAACGCUUUGUCAAGUUGGAUAAUCGAGCAAGGAUCAAGGAGAACAACUCUGUCAGGGCCAAAAACUAA